CACAACACACAAAGGAGAGAAAAUUUUUGGCAUUCACAAUCGAUUCGCGUGAAACUUUCCGAAAAUUUUAGCCUAAUUUCUGCGUUGCAGCUUUUCCAACUUCCGUCUUCGUGUGUCCAAGCUGUCCUCCUAGUGGUGUAUCACAUUUCAGUUGCAUAAAACUAUCAGCCAUCAGUGCUUGGAAAAAACGAGGAUUUCAUCUAGUCAUACAACACAAAAUCCACGAUGAACAUCAAAAUGCCAGAUUUCGACGUGAAAAAGUUCGUCAAGGAUGCGGGUUCCACACUUUCCCGAGUGGUUCAGUUGACAGAGGAAAAGCUGGGCACCUCGGAGAAAACCGAAAUGGAUUCCCACUUUGAGCAUCUCAACGAUCGGUCCGAUUGCACCAGAACGUGGACGGAGAAAAUCGUUCGCGACACAGAAGCGGCACUGAUACCGAAUCCGGCGAACCGGAUGGAAGAUUUCAUAUUCGAGAAGAUAGAAAAACAGAAACACAAGAGGCUGAGCAAUCUGGAAUAUCUGGGCCUGGAUAUGAUCGAAGGAGGGGGAGAAUUCGGCCAGGACGGAGCCUAUGGGAGCGCACUGAUUAAGGUCGGUCAGGCCGAGCAGAAGCUGGGCGCGUGUGAGCGGGAUUUCAUCGGAUCGGCCGGGAUGUGCUUUGUUCAGCCGUUGAAAAAGUUCCUGGAAGGUGAGAUGAAGACGAUCACCAAGGAGAAGGGCAUCCUGGAGAGUAAGAGGUUGGAUCUAGAUGCAUGCAAGAACCGGGUACGGAAGGCAAGAAGCAUGCUGGGACAGCAAACGAAGGAUGGACUUUCUCCUGAGGCUGUUCUGGACCAGGCUGAACGCGAGCUGCGGGUAGCACAGUCGGAAUUUGACCGACAAGCCGAAAUUACGAAGCUUCUGCUGGAGGGAAUCAAUACAACCCAAGCCACACAUCUACGACAUUUGCAUGCCUUCGUCGAAUCUCAAGUCCGCUACUACGGCCAGUGCAAUAAGAUCAUGAACGACCUACAGCGAGAAUUGGCCAGUUUGGGAGGUCCACAGCCGUACGUUCCGGUGACAGGCUACAAUGACGAAGAAGCCAACGGCCUGUCCGGCCGGGUCAACAACAUCGAACUGGGUGUCAACCUCGGCUACAAGCGAGCUCGCGUACUCUGCUCGUACGAUGCCAAAGAUGGCACCGAGCUAAAUCUUACGGCUAAUGAGGUCAUCUUUGUCUGCGAGUGCAAUCCAACGAACAGCGACUACAUGAACGGUAAACAGGGUCUGCUUAAAGGUUUGGUACCAAAGGCGUUCUUAGAGUUGCUGGAUGAUUAAACACGAUAUUCCUACGAUUAAUUUUAGUGUUUUAGGCAAGCAUUUUUUUUUUCAGAAUCAUCUCACUUGGUUAGUGCAAAUGUGAGAGAAAAAUCUUAUUAAAUUCCGCUUCACUAUAUUUAGUUUGGAGUUUGUUAUUUUUAAUGAUAAAUGCAAUCUAUAUGUUACGUUUAAGCUUAACCCCACAUAUUAAUACGAAUUGUUACGCCUGGUUGCGUGUUACGUCGAUAAUAAAUAAUGCAGAAAAGCUAAAACAAAAGGAAUAUCAAACUUUUACAAGGCGAACAUAUUUUCACUCGCUAUGACAUACAAAAUUGUGCUUUUAGGCCAGGUUAUAGAACAGACAGACCGCAUUACCAGUUAAUCGUUGCACCAACGAAUUUUGCGAGACAAGAAAAUUUAACACUAACAUCAGAUAACAGCGUCUAUUAUGUUGUGGAUACAGUUUUGUCAAUUAUCUUAGCAUACCAAAACGAAAUACGAAAAUGUGAGAAAAGUGAACAACAAAGAGAGAACAAUAAUAUUAAACAAAAAACACAUUCCUCCUCGUGAAAUUAAAAUAACCUACCCAAAUGCCCAAAUUCCUCAGUCGAGUGUAAAUCUUGUUACGAUUGUGCAUUAUCUGUGUAAUUUGUACACGGCACGACUCAAAUAUCUAAAUAAAUAAAACAAUAAAUUUGGUACGUAUAUUGUUGAAGGAUGCACCCAAAAAUACUGAUGCUACAGCGAAGCGCAUAAAAGACAGAUACUCGAUUCAUGUUUAAUCUCUCUCUACUCAUAUGAUAUUCCAUCAUGUAAUGGAACCUGAUGAAAAAUCUUGCAGAAACGUAAACAUAUUGCUUCUCAGAAUGUCGAUGAUAAUAACUAUUGAACAGAUGUUAUUUAUUACUAUUAUCUACUAAGCUAUGAUAUAUACUUAAACGAAAAACCUAACGCAAAAAUGUAAUCAACGUUGAACAAAAAAAAAACUCACACAAAAUAUCAACUU